CAAGGCCUUAGGGGCACCGCACUAUAUUGGAGAGUGACCAUGGCCUCAGCCCACCAUUAGUGGUCUCUACAACACAGGAUGGGUGGGCUCAUCUCAGUUCCCCCAUCACCCCGAUUUGUGUGUUGGGAAGGAAGUUUGUCCUAUGCCUGCUCAGAUCCUCUACCCUGCAGCCAUCAGGGGCCACACAGCCCCCAAGAAAUCCCCCUUCUGUGGGCACAGUCGCUGUGUCACUGGCUGGAGGUGACUGGGUGCUCCCUGAGGGCCGGUUGGCUCGGGGCCUGCUUUUAGGGGGCUGGGUCCCACUGUAAGCUCCAGGGAUGGGGAGGCACUUUUUGCCUCCAGGCCAGUGACUGGAGUCUGGCUGGAGCUGGUAGUGACCAAAAGCCUUCCCGCGGGCCGGCUGCUGAGGGGUCUGGGGCAGAUAAGUUGUAGGCAUCGCAACCUGGUGGCGCAGGUGCCCAUGUCUCAGAUGCCGUGGCUGGGAGCCUCCAAACAAGCCACCUGGCCAGCAUGAGGAGUGGGUGGAGCCCCUGAGCUGAGACUGACUGAGUCACUUUGGAUGUGGGCUGAAGCAGAGCCAGGGGCAUGAUUGCUCAGGGGUCUUGUGGUCAAGCGGGUCCUGCCCAUGGGUCGGACGGAACCAGGGGCUGAAGAGCAGGCAGAAGACGAGCUGUCAAAGCUCACGUGUCAGCACGGACCCAGCUGGGGGCACUCCUGUGCUCUAAGGCCCGGACAUCCUCUCCUCAGACAUACGAGCCCUGAGGAUUUCCCACCUCCAUUUUACCAAGGAAAUGGGGGAUCCUGCAGGUCCCUGGUCCCACAGAAGGUAAGGAUGUGGGUGCCACUGGGGCUCCCUUGCUGCACUGCAACCCAGGUGGGAGAGGUCUACGUACCCCUCUCCUGGACCCUCUUCCAGCCAGCCCAGCCCCUCUGGCUGCUGAGCGUGCCUCAUGUGACAGUGCCGGCUUCUCUCCUCCAUGUACCAACACACCCACAUCUUCUUGUGGCUUCCCCCAGGCUCCCACACGCAAACCGGGGCCCUCGAUUCCUGUGCUGGGGUCUGCACUGGAGGAGCCAGCACUGCCCCCCGAGCCAUGCUGGCACCGGCCCCUCCUUUGGGUAUGUGCUUUGCCCACAGGGAAGACACGUCUGUACCCACCCUGCCCUGGCACUGACGAGCUGCCCCUCCCGGCAGGUGUCCCUGCAGUGCGAGCUCUCCCAGCGCUACCUGGGCGGGGCCGAGGACAACAUCACCUGCUUUGCCCAGACCGUGAGUGAGGGCGAGAAGUGGAGCCUGCACCUGGCCCAGCACCCCAACGGGCACAUGCUGAACCCCGGCAAGCAGCGCUACAUGCGCUGCGACCAGCAGACCGGGCACAUGCGCUGCGACCGCGAUCUGCCCUGGGGGCCCGAGGCCGUCAUCACCCUCCACUUUGACCUCAAAGAGAAGAAGUACGGGCUGCGGAGCGGGGCUGGGAGCCUCCUGGCUGCCGACGGCUCACUACAGGCCGAGCUGUCCCCUCAGACGCUCUACUCCCUGGAGCUGCGGGGUAGCCUGCUGGCCCUGCGGGACGCAGAUGGCAGGUACCUGACUGGGCGCGAGGGCAUCGUCAAGACCUUCAAGACGGACAAGCCGGGGCGCGACGAGCUCUUUGCUCUGGAGCCCAGUGCUGCACAGGUCUCGCUGCGCACCUUCGCCGGGGGCCGCUUUGUCUGCUGCAGGCCAGGGGCUGACAUCUAUGCCAAUGCCAUGUCCGUCGGCAACACGGAGAUUUUCCAGCUGCUGCUGAACGAUGUCACUAAGCAGGCCUGCUUUCGCAGCUCUUCCGGCACCUAUCUCGCUGUGGGCCCCAAGGAUUCUGUGGUGAGCACCAGCACCCAAGACAAGGGGGUCUGGUUCUCACUCCAGUACCGGGAGCAGAGGGUGACCCUGCGAAUGGCUGACGGCAGACACAUGGCCACCAGGCCCAAUGGGCAGCUGCUGCUGGUGCCCGAGGCGGCAGGCAAGGGGGAGGAGUUCCUGCUGCUGCUGGUGAACCGGCCCCUGCUGAUCCUGCAGAGCGAGGCGGGCUUCGUGGGGCUGUUCCCCGGGACGCAGCGCCUGGACGGAAACCGGCCAGCCUACGAUGCCAGUGCCCUGACACUCGGCGAGGACGGCUUCUGCCACUUCAGAGUCGCCAACAAGUACUGGAGCCUGGAUAAGGACGGGCUGGUCAUGGCGAAUGGAGACCACCCCAGCAACUUCACCCUCCAGUUCGUCUCCUCCAGCUGCCUUGUGCUGAAGGCUCCCAACAACAAGUACCUGGUGGCGGAGGCGGGGGGCCGCCUGUGGGCAGGGGCCUCAGACGCAGCCUCUGCCACGCCCUUUCACUACUAAGGGUCUCUAGCCCCUGAAAUAAACUUCUCUUCCACUGUCCAAGCGCUGCCAGCCUAUUGCUGGGACCCCCUCCCCUCCUGCUGCCACCCGGUCAUUGCCCAUCUUGCCUCACUAUCAGUAUCCCUCCUGCUGCCUGGAGAGUGGGUCCAGGCUGGGGCAGACAGUGCAGGCUGGCAUGGGCCUGGCCUGCCACCUGGAGCCAGCUGUUGGGAGAUGUGGGUCGGGGGAGGCAAAUUGAUGGGGCUUCUCCCAGCCAGAGCAGUGCUCUG